UUUCACCAGUGAACCUAAAGACAGCUGGUUGCAAAGUUCAAGGAUUCUCAAGAGCACACUUCUCGGAGAGAAAGAGAGAGGGAAUAGCGUUCAGGGACCAGGGUUUGAAAGACUGAAAUGAUUGGAUAAUAUUUGUACUCCACUGUACUCCAAGGAAUGCAAAUUGAAUGCUGACAGGGCUGGCCAAGUAAUUUGAGGGUCUAACAAAAUAUUAUUCGAGAAGAAAACAAGUGGAGAACAUGGCAGAGAGCAAGGCCAGCAUCAGCUCGAAAGGAGGGGCCAAUGUGCUAGCUAAACGGGUGCAGAAACAAUUGAACAGAGCACAGGAGAAGGUAUUGCAGAGGCUUGGCAAAUCUGAGGAGACCAAAGAUGAGCACUUUGAGCAGCGUGUGAUGGACCUCCAACGCCAGCAGAGUGAUGGAUACAAAAUAUACAAGGACCUUAAAGCGUACCUCAACGCUGUCACAGUAAUGAGGGAUGCCUCAGGUCGACUGUUUCAGUCCUUGUUUGAUGCCUACGAUGAUAAGUGGGACGGCGCGGAGGAUCUCCGGGCAGUUGUGGAGGGAGAAGAGCAUCUGUGGAACGAUUAUGAGGACAAGCUGCGUAAUCAGGCAUUAAUCACAAUGGAGUCUUACAUGAGCCAGUUUCCAGAUGUCAGGGAAAAGGUGGCCAAGCGAAACAGGAAACUCGUAGACUAUGACUCUGCUCGCCAUCACCUGACAGGGCUGCAGAAUGCCAAAAAGAAGGAUGAUGUCAAAAUUGGAAAGGCAGAGGAUGAGAUGAACGCGGCAAAGGUGAUAUUUGAGGACAUGAACAGGGAGCUGAAGAUGGAACUGCCUCUUCUGUUUGACAGUCGCAUUGGAUGCUAUGUCACAGUCUUCCAAGCCAUCUCCAACCUCAGAGACAUCUUCUACAAGGACCUUACCAAUAACAAUGAGGUUCUACAGACUGUAAUGAAAGAGCUGAGCACCCAGCAUCCAGACAAGAUCUUUGUCGUGAAGAACGUCAACUGUGCUGGUUCCUUGAAGAGAAGGUCAUUUAGAGACACGUUGUCCCCAAGAUCACUUAAAAGCUUUUAUGAUUUCCACAUGAGUUACAACCCCAGGGGAUCUCUCAGGAAAGAAAAUGCAUCCAGUUUUAGGUCUGACAGACCAACAUAUGGGUCAUACAGCCCUAAGCAGACAAGCCCCACCAGCCCUCGACCCCUUUAUGAGAACGUCUCUGGUGUCAAGGAUGCAAAAGGCAGCCCUGCAAGAUUAGAUUAUUCUACAGAGGAAGGUACCUCGCCCCAUGAGCCACGACUGGAUAACACCAGCUACUCUGAAGAUAAACCAGUGGAGGAAGACAAGAAAGCCAAAAAGGAGGAGUCCUCGCAAGCCUCAGAUCAAGAGACGCCAAACGAGGAGGAGUCUUCCGAGGAGGACAGUGGUGAGAGAGAACUGAAACCAAACUCAAAUAUCGUUGAAAGCUCCAAGAUCGAAGAUCAAAAACCACCUGAGAAGGUGAGGAGUGAUGGGCCUUCAGGUGUGGAGAAUGGAAUAGCUCAUGACAAUAAAUCAGAUGUGGAACAAGCUGAUGCGUCAAACAAUGCUCUUACCAAGAGUGACCAUCCGUCAGGAGAGGUGAAGGAGGGAGCUACAACAGAGACCCCUAAAUAGCAGACAAAAGAGAAGGCACACUGAAUAUUGGCAGUACUGAAUCGGACCUAGGAUGUAAAAUGCUGUACUAAUUUUUUUUUUUUUAAUCUUGAUCUUUUGAGAUAUGUAUUUUCAGAUAAAUAUUUACAUUUUGAGUUAUAAUUCAAGAACAGCUUCUUUUAGAAAAUAAUCACUUUCAUGGACUGUCUUUUAUCCUACUGUAUGUGGUGGUCUUCCUUAAGGAUUUUAAUGUUUUUAGAUACAUAACUCAAUAACUCAAUGUGACAUGCAUGUAUCUAAUUGAUUAAAAGAACAAAUGUGUAUAACGUAAGCUACUUGACAACCAUCCAUCAUUAAAUAAAUUAAUAAAAAUUGUCACUCAGUUGCUUAUUGUUUUUGGUCCGUCACGCACUUAAGCAAUUAAACUAAUGAUCCAAAUCACCUUUCUUUUUUUAGAGGUUGGUCGAGCAUGCUUUUAGAAUGGUGGUUGUUGUUGUUGGUUAAUAUUAGUCAUUUAGUGUAACGCGACCAUUGUUUGAUUCUUCGUGGGAGCGAGCGGGCAGGAAGAAACGAUCGUGAACGCGCCUACACUCCGCAAAGGGAAGUCACUCGUUUCAGAGAAUCGACUCUUUCGAACUGUUCUUUGUUCCAAAGAAAGAAUAAAUGAUUCUUUUCGUCAUGACGCAAAUACGUCACCUUGGAUGCAAUGAAACGUCCUGAUAAAAGCAAACGUAGUUUAUUCGUUUUUUUCUAUUACUUUUUAUAGAAUUGUUAUUUUAUGUGCACCAGUUUAGUUUGUUGCAGCUAUGAUAUAGGUCAUAAAAACAUAAAAUACAUUAAUAAUUAAACUUUUUUGUAUUUAGGCUAGAUUAGGCCUAAACAGUACUUAUUUAGUCACAAAAUGUACAUGUUUUAAUAAAAUAGUACAAGUAAAUGAAAACAAUUACAGUUAUUUUACAUUAAGGAACUCUGUGAUGUAAGCUAUAAUACGUGCGUUGAUAAAACUGCCAUACAUUCAAGCUGUAAACCUACUUUUAGGGUUUUAGACUCGAAAACAUUCAGUCCUAUUCGUGAACGGAUCGUUCAGGUUGGAAUUGUGAACCAGUUCGUUCAAAUGAUUCACUUAAAAGAUUCAAAUCAAGUAAACGAUUCCUUUACAAAUCGGACAUCACGCACUCACACAGUAUGUGGAUGAGCUUGUGGUGGAUUCAUACCGUUCUGCGUUGGCGUGCCUUGAACACUGCUUACUUUCCAUGAUUUCUCAGGCUAAAGUUUAACUCUGAUAAAAGUUUUCUGAAUCUUCAACUUAAAGCAGUUUAUCCCCGCUUUUUGACACUCAAGCAGGUGUCCGUUUCAAUACAAAUAUGAAUUUCACCGUGACUACCAUUGCACUUACUGAUGUUGCAUCAACAACUGCAGCUCCUCCGGAAACAGACACGACUGUCAUUGGAGUGGUAAUUGCCCUGAUCCUGCUGACUCUUGUUGUCUGUGGGAUCCUGCUGUACAGAUACCUGUGUCACAGUAAGGGUGUUUACAGAACCGCAGGUGAGCCUGCUCCUGGAGUGGACCCUGACCAGGUCUACAAUGACACCGUCACUGAAAACAAGAAGGAAUACUUCAUCUGAACUGCUUGGCAUCAGAGGGAUUUAACCCAUUAUGAUCAAUACGCAUGGACUGCUGAAGACAUCCGAAUAGUCUGUGUAGAGCGGUAUAUGUGCAAGACAUAUGGGACAUAAACCACUAGUCUGUGCUGUAUGAAAGAAUGUUUAGUUGAAGGGAUACAGGUCGAGUAGAAGUAAAAAGUUGUUUAUUCAUGAGGUUAAUAAGCUCACCAUCGGUUUCUGUAUGGUAAAGUUACUGAGACGACUAUUUUUUGUUACAAACAAACUCUAAACUCACUGCAUCCAGCAGAAAUUACAAGACUUAGUUAUCAACAAAUUAUUUAUCAGUAAUUAUGGAAUUUUUUAUCAGCUAUUACUAGCGUUCAGGUAGCAUAAGUGGCACUGCACCUCACUCAAACUGCAAACAUUGGCGGCACUGUAUAAUUUAGAUUUUAUUUGGUCAUAAGUCAAUAUAGUGUUAAUUUGAGGCUUUUCAAUGUGCCUUUUUGGAUUUUGCAUGGCUUUUUAUUACUAUUUUUAUUUUUUUUUUAUUGGCGGAACACAUAGAUUAUGGAUAGUUGGUGGGUCAACUGUUAAGAGUGCCUUGUAAAACAUUUGCAUGUAUUUUACUUUUUUUUUUUAUAUAUAUAUAAUUCAAAGUGUAUUUUUGUUACACAGGCAUGAUGUAACAGUGCCAAAUAUAAUACCUGUCAUUAUUUGUAAAACAAACACAUGCUGAUCAUAAUAUCAGAUGCAUAAAUGAUACUUGAUAUUUUUUGUGCAGGGUUACAAUCAUAUGUUACUUUUUAUGAAAAUGAAUGUAAUUUAUAUAUCGUA